GCCGGGGCCUGGCGGGGCGGCGGCUUGGUGUCUGGGUGCUGGUGACAGGCGACGGUAUUAUGAGCCGUAGAUGCCUCACAUGGCCCGGAAUAUUAUGGCGGGCCCGACUGUGGAGUCACUGUACUCGCAGAAGGAUACAGCACUGAAUAAAAGAGGGAGAUUUGAAGAUUUGAUGGAAGAGCGCAGGGAGAGUAGUGAUCUGAAAUAUGCCAUGCGAUGUUACACUCCAGUGGUUUACAAGGACCUUGUGCCCCGUACACCCAGUGCUCUUAGGAGUGUCGUGUUGAAAUCUGAUCCAGUGCAAUAUGUCGUCAAACAGCUAGCAAAAGAAACUGGUGAAUCUACAGAUAUCAUCAACGAUGAAGCGGCCGACAUUUUGGAGAAGAUGGGCCACGGUCUUCGCUUAAGUGUUGUACGAUUCUUUGCAUUCACUCUGAGCAAAAUCUUUAAAGCCCUUUUUCAGAAAGUACAUGUGAAUGAAGAAGGAAUUCAGAAGCUCCAUCAGGCUAUUCAAGAAUAUCCAGUUGUUCUGCUGCCAAGCCAUCGCAGCUACAUAGACUUCCUCAUGUUGUCAUACAUAAUGUACACCUAUGACCUCUCCUUGCCAGUCAUUGCUGCUGGAAUGGAUUUUAUGGGAAUGAAAAUAGUCGGUGAAAUGCUGAGGAUGUCAGGUGCUUUUUUCAUUCGACGCUCGUUUGGAGGAGAUAGACUUUAUUGGGCAGUUUUCUCUGAAUAUGUGAAAACAAUUCUCCGGAAUGGUGAUGCUCCUGUUGAAUUCUUUGUGGAAGGGACUAGAAGUCGUACUGGAAAGUCACUGAUGCCCAAAUUAGGACUGUUUAAACAUAAGCAAUCGAACCUUUUCUGAUGGGGAGGUUUUGAUAUGUACUUAAUUCCCGUAAGUAUAAGCUAUGACCGAAUCCUGGAGGAGUCCCUCUAUGCACAUGAACUUUUAGGCGUUCCAAAGCCAAAGGAAUCAACUUCGGGUUUGCUGAAGGCUAGGAAGAUUCUAAGUGAAAACUUUGGAAGCAUACAUGUUUACUUUGGACAGCCUGUGUCAGUGCGAUCCCUAGCAACAGGAAUUGUUAGGAGAUCUCAUUACAAUUUGUUACCCAGGCAUAUUCCACGAAAGCCCUCUGGAGAUGUCUACAGGUUUCUUGAUGAUCUAGGCCAUAAAAUAGUAGUGCUGCAGCAGAAAAGUAUGGUCAUUAGUCCCUGGGUGCUGAUGGCUACAGUGAUCAUCCAGAACCUGCCAGGCCUGACUCUGUCAGAUCUUACUAGGCAGACACUGUGGCUCAAAACAAUCGCAGAAACAUUUGGUGCUUUCAUCGACUGGCCAGAAAAUUUAACGCCUGACAAAGUGAUUCGUUCCAAUCUUGCCCUACACCACAAUAUAGUGAAAACAAUCAAAAACCAGAUCGUGCUUUGCCAAGAAGACACUCCAGCUAAAUUCACAGUGGAAAAGAUUUUCAAGCACACAAUCUCGGUGCUAAUGUGUGCUUCCUACAGAAAUCAGAUACUGCACGUCUUUGUGCGCCCUGCCUUGGUAGCAAUUGCAUUUCAAAACGCACAAAGUUGCAGGAGAGAGGACAUCUAUGGCUGCUUCAGCUACCUGCGUGAAGUUCUCUCUGAUGAGUUUGUUUUCUUGCCAGGAAAUAUUGUCAAGGAUUUUGAUGAAGGCUUGUACUUGCUGAUGAAGAGCGGUGCCAUUCAGGGGUCUCAGGCAGAUCUCUACGUUUCUGAGAAAGGGAAUGCCACCAUUUCCUUCUUAUCAGUGAUGUUUGCACCUUUUCUGGAAGGUUAUCAGGUUAUUUGCAAGUACCUGUUACGUUUGGAAUUUACUGAUGACCUUACAGAGAAGAGGUUUAUUGCUGCAUUCCGAAACUAUGCAGCGGAACUCAUUCUAUCAGGUGCCAUAAAGUAUAAUGAGGUCCUUUCAGUAGACAUGCAAAAAAAUGCACUGGCUGCUUUAACACGGCUAGGUGCUGUGGAAAAACUUAAGAUAGCGGAUGGGAUCAUCUUUAAGGUGAAUGAACAGACUCUCAGCAGGGUGGUGGACAUGUUGGUGCCCAGGAUGCCAAUGAAAAGUGCUACUGUGGCCAGACUCUGAGUGCAGCCAAACACUGCAUGAUGGUUCCUGUUUGUUGGUUUUUUGAAAUCACAAAGUGGGAACUACACCCAAAUUGGGGAAAAAUGAUGCUUCAAAUGGAUACAGUGAGCUGAUCACUUACUUGAGAAUCCAAGGUCACAAGAAGCUGAUCUGCACUGCUCAGAAGCAGGAAAUCCCUAUACUGCUCAGUUCAUGCUUCAAAUUGCUUUCACCUGUGGUGUCUUUUUUUUAUAUACAAGUUAUGUAAAUGCAGAGUUUGUUUCAUGUAAACAUUAUUGUACACAUAGUAUUGAAAUGUGUUCUUGACAACAGCAUUCAGUUAAAAGUACAACAGGGUCUAAAAGGCAAAGUUUACUGUUCAAUUUUUAACACCUAAUGGGACAACACUCUUAAAUUUUUGUGAAGCACCUGUUUAAUCUGGGGAUUUGGUGUAGCUGUCUUUGAAAUCUAGUCUUGAGCGAGGAUAUUCCUGUUGUCACUGAUUCCUAUAAAUAGCCAGUGUGGAAAAAUCUGUUUUCAGCAAGAGGAGCCUGUUUGCACUUGCCUCAAAAUCAUAAAAUGAGUUCUCAGUUCAUCUCAUCAGUUCACAUAGAGCCUUAAAUGACAAGGGUGGUGGAGUUUCAGGGCAGUUAUAGUGUUCUUAAAAGGUCCCUUAAAAUUGAUAAUCAGAUACAUUUAACUUUUACACUGCAGUUAAGGCAACAAAACCAGAAGCUUUUGCAAAUGCAGAAAUAUCUAGGGUAAAGGCACUUAAUCUAAUCCAGGGCAUAAUAGUCAGUGGGAAUUGCAAUGGUAAGAGAGGCAGCAAAAAAAUGGCUGGAGUGAGUCUAGCUCUUUUUUCCUUGUAUAUGGAAGUUAACAAAACAGCCAAAACAACUAAUAUUUAUUUAUGCUGUGUGCUUCACAGCAUCACCAGAAGACCAGGAAAAGAUCUCGCUUUGCACAUGUCUAAUUCAGCAGUUUUAGUGAAUGUGAAACUGCCCAGUCUGGUGAUGAAGGCAUGUUCAAUUGCUCUAUUUGGAUCCAGGAAAUCACUGCAAAAUGGGUGCUAAUGUCAUCACUCUGCUAAUUAGCUUACUCUAGAAAUGGAGCCAUGUGGUCACUACAGAAGUGACCACAUGAUCAGGCUCAUAAUUGGAUUACUCCUGAAAUACAUGAUCACUCUGUCAGUUGGGUCACUCCAGAAAAGGGAAUUGUGUGCUCACUCUGCCGACUGGCCCACUCCUUAAAUUGGCCCAUAUUUGGGUCACUCCUGAAGUGGGGAUUUUGGUUACUCUGAUAUUUGGAUCAUUCCUGAAAUAGGGGCAUGUGUUAUACACUUUAACAUGAGGUGAAGGGUUAUAUGGUCACCUCAGUAAUUGUUCCAUAAACAAGGGUGAUGGUCACUCUGAUAACAUUAGUUCAGAAUUGAACAGUCAUGAUUUUUUUUUACAUACAGGUAAUGGAACUAAACCAUUUCAGUUAUAUAAAACCCUGCUCCAACUAGUUUGUUAAAAGAACAUUUAAAACUUGGUUGGAUAUUUGUCAAUGUCCCUUAAUAAAUUAACAGUGCUAAUCCAAUCAAAGCCUGAGUUUAUUGAUAUCAUGCUCUUUUUGAUUUUGUUUUCCUGUGGCUAUGUGGGCUAUAACCAAAUGAGAGAUCACCUUGCACUUCUGGUUAAUUUAAAUGUUUUGACUUGUGUGCACUACCAGUUCAUAAUGGUGAGGAGCAGUACAUGUGUUAUAAUUGGAAUUAACAGUGAACUUGCAGAAAGAUGAGAGUUUGACCAGUCCAUGGUCUUAUUUCCCCAAAAGUAAUGCUCAUCUGAAGCUCAGGAAUUGCAGAAGCAGAACAUUCCAUCACAUGCCAAAAUUCAUCUCUAAACAAAUGUGUUAACUGCUUUUUUAUAAAAUAUUAAUAGUGGAUAUUUGAAUUAUGAGCAUUUCAGAUAUAAACUCCUUCAGACUUGAGGUAUGUAUUAAAUACAACUGAAGAACUUCACUGAUAAACAGAAUCAAUGGGACAAUUUUGUAAUCAGUCUACAAUUUGAGCCCAAGUCAGUUAUCUUGUGGGUAUGUUGGCAUCCUUUGUAUUUAAUCCACAGCAACCCAUUGUCAAAAUUCCUCUUCUGGUUAA